GCCCCGCGCGACACACUACGCUGGCAGCCUCAAGAGGUUUCUGCCGCGCACGGAGAAGACCGUGCGGAAUAAAGUCAAAACUCCAGUCGUUUUGUGUGCGAAGAUACGAAAAAAAAAACUUCAUCGGAGAAGUUCGCGUUACGGACCUACAUCAAGACAAAUCUAAGGAUUUUUUAAAACGAUUUUGCUCCACUUUAUUACACAGGGUUAUAUAAAUGUAGUGCUGAAGAAAAGCGAGCUCGUUAAGCAACAGAGGAAUUAGUAUUUUGUCGGCUAAUAACGUUAGUAAGCGACAGUUCAGAGGCGGUUUGCUUGUGGUACGUUAACGUGUGCUGCUGUAACUGAUCCCCCGGGAGGGAAUCUCACAACUUCGACCCACAGUGUAGUAUUUGCGAGGACGAGUGUCUUUCGCACCCGUGGCUUGUUGCUGCUGAAGUUCCCCGGCGGUAAGGUGCAGCCACGCCGGGGGAAGCACAGCGCGACGGCCGCUACUCUCCGGCUAGCUCGCCUGCUGCUUCUGUUUCUUGGAUCGGGGCCUUGUCGGUGAGGCGACAAUGCUUGACAUAAUGUCUGAGCACCAAGAUUCACUGUUAACGUGCAAAACGGAACCAUUGCCCCCAGAGCGGAAAAAGAGGACCGUUGAGGACUUCAACAAGUUCUGCAGCUUCGUCCUGGCGUACGCUGGUUACAUCCCCAGUCCAAAAGAGGAAAAUUCAUGGUCUCCAACAUCAUCCAGCUCUGCACACAGUUCAGGGUUGUCGGUGGAUGGAGGCGGUGGAGGCAGCAGCAACACCUGGGCAGACGGAAGCUCCAACAUCCACACCAUCCACACGUUUGUUCGGAAAGCUCGAGCAAAUAAGGGCAAAAGUAUUCGCCGCAUGCACUCUGACAGCACUCUGCUGGACAAGAUGCGCCUUAAAGACUCCCUGUACGAGAGCCAGGUCAACACGAAGGCCGAGCGCAAGAAAGACAAGAAGCUGAAAAAGCUGUCGCUGGGUUCCGGCAUGACGGCUGCAGAUAGCGGCAGCAGCGAAGGGGAGAAAAGGGCUCGCAUCAAACGCAGCAAAAACUCAAAACAGCCAAAGCCUAAGAAGCUUAAAAGUUCCACUGCUCAAAGUGAGACGGACUCUGAGGUUCAGCAUACACACACAGAGGUACGACCCGCCAGGGAGGAGCUGACGGAACACGGGGGCUCCACCCCGAGCAUACAGGGGCUGGGGAAAAUGCAGCCGGACGAGUCCAUCAGGGAAGAGAUGAGCUCCAGUGAGGGUGAGACCUGGAUCGCCGACGAAGACAUUAUGGUGGAGUCAGGGGAUGACUCAUGGGACUUGAUCACCUGUUACUGUGGGAAGCCAUUUGCAGGACGGCCGAUGAUCGAGUGCAACCAGUGCGGCAUUUGGGUGCACUUGUCGUGUGCAAAGAUCAAGAAGUCAAACGUUCCAGACAUCUUUUACUGCCACAAGUGCAGGGACUUGAGGCGGUCUGGACACAAAAAAGACCCCUAGACCUAAAGAGGAUGGGAGGGACAUGGAGCACCCACCCUGUUGUUGCUGUCCUCUUUGACACUUGUUUUCUUUUAUGCCUACAGCCAAAACAGCCUAAAUUAUCACAUGGAUGGCAACUAUAUUGUCAGUUUGUAGGAUUUCUUUUGACAAUCACAACCAUUCUUAUUUAUCCCCUCGCGUUUUUGUUUUCUUUUCGGGUUUUUUUUUGGCUACUGUGAAGAACUGGACAUCAGGCAACAGUAACUAUGGAGACUCAUUUAUUGGUUACUAAUGAUUGCUUCAUUAAUUGGCUUUAUUGUUGUAUACCGUGCUGGUGAUGUGCACAUACACCGUCACAUUUAAUCUCAUAUCCACUGUCGCUGCAUUUUGAGUUGUAAAUUAUUUCUUGAGGAUAUUGACAAAUCAGUAAACAUUUCCCUUAGUAUCUCAAGAAGUUAAAUUUCCCGUUAAUGCCCAUUUCCUUUCAACUUUUCCAAUCAAUGCAAGUUUUACACAUUGGCAACAUUUAUUGCGUAAAGGAUGGAACAAGUCACCCAAGUUAUUUGUCUCAAUGUAUGUCAUAGAGUCGGAUGAGGAGCGAGUUUUUAUUUUUCAUCGUAUUUUGGCGAUUUAUUUUUGAGUUUGCAUUUUGGUCGUCAGUGAUGAUCACUGAACUUUAACGUGGAGAGAUUUCACUCUCCUGGAAAAAAAAAGUGAUCUUUAAAUUCAUAGAAUCUGUCAACAUUUAUUCUUUUUAUUUUAUUUUUUUUCAUCUGCAAUUGUAUCUAAAUUGCUACGUCUCAAAUUGCACACAGACAAGUCUUGCGGCAGUGCACUUUUAAAAUAUAAACCCAAAUACCACCCCUCUGCAUAUAUGGGUGGUAUUUGGGACCCGAUGGGCUUCGGCUGAUUUAAAUCUGUACUUGGCAUGUAGCUGUGUACAUUCAUGAUUGAGCGCUUAAUGUUUCUUCCUGUCUGGCUUGUUUAAUCAAUGAUAGCCAUUUACCAUGAACAACAUUUACAUUGAAAGCUGUUAAAUUUUGAUGUCUUUGUUUCAUGUGCGGUUUUAGUUUUCCAUGUUUUAAAAAACUCAUCUGACGUGAGGGCGUAAUGUUGCUGGAAGACGAAUGGUUUGGCGGCGCGUUACAAAGAUCAGUAGCUCUGAGGCUCGUUUAGGAAUGGUUGUAAAAAAUAAUUUUUUUCUGUUUUCAUAUAAUUGUUUAUUUCUUAGCUUUCUGAACAGCGGGAUUAGGGAUGCGCCCGCAUCAGAGAAUGGACAUAAGAUUGUCUCACAUCGAGAACAAAGUUGUAGUGUACAGAAAAUAAGUUGACGCUGCGUAGGUUGUGGCAUUUGUUUAUGUUGUUUGGUUUUACCAUGUGCUUUUUCUUUUGUUGGUGGGAGAGUCUUGUUCUCCAGUAGCAGUUGCACUCUCUCUACAACUUAAAUUCUGUGUACAUAUCCUGUUCUUUGACAACUGUACAUAUGUGAAAGUGAAGAGAGAAAAUACCGAAGCAAAAUCUAUAUUUUCUGCAGUCUGAUAUUGUUUUCUUUAAUUGUAGCUUGAAAAAUAAAAGUCUUUGGGAACAUAA